AUGCGCUUCCAGGCAUUACCGUUCAUUGCCUCCUUGGCCGCUGUCGUCAGCGCACAAGUCGCCGAAGUGCCAUCGACCACAAUCCCGAUCCCGGCAUGUACCGCGACAUCACACACCGGCAUGGGUGGAUUUUACGAUCUGCGGCCGGACAUGGCUGUCGUACCCGAUGAUAACACCAAGAAGUACGCCGUGACAAAGGACUACUUCUCCAAGGGCUACGACUACGGCAAGAACUUCACAUUGAACAUCUGCGGUCCCGUCGUGGAGUCAGUCACCAACGUCGUUGGCGUGGAGCCUCCCCUGUGGCAGAACGUGAGCGCAUACUACAUGGUGGGCGGCGAGGUUUUCUCGAUAGGUUUCGAGUCAAUGGACCUACAGAGCCGUGGUCGCAAGCUGGUUCUUCAGUAUACUGGAGGAUCUCCUUGCGGCGCCGACGUCAACAAGACGGAACCCAUCUACGAACGAUCGGCGCAAAAGGAUUCGUACCUCGAAGACGAGAACGACUUGACCUCUUACACACCUGUCCCCGAGCCUGAGGAGCCUGAGGAGGAGGAGCCCAAGCCCAAGGAUAAGCGCAGACGCAAGUCUACGACCAUCUCGUUCCACUGCGACAGAGAUCCGGGCAGCACCUCGGCUAGCGUCUCCUUUGUUGGUACAGACCCUGACGAAUGCGCCUAUUUCUUCGAAGUCCGAUCCUCCCACGCAUGCGCCCAUGCGGAGCCCCAUAAGCCCGGCAGCGUAGGCCCCGGCAGCAUCUUCGGCCUGAUCGUGGUUAUCGCCGUGCUAGUCUACUUCCUCGGCGGCAUCUUCUACAACCGAACCGUGACCCAUGCCCGCGGUUGGCGCCAACUCCCCAACUACAGCCUCUGGGCCGGCAUCUGGAGCUUCAUCUGCGUGCGUCACCCCCUCGCCGGCUCUAAGUCGGAGCGAUACUCUCCUUGA